CUGAGAGGGACCGUGUCCUCUCUCGUGAGACAAAUAGAGGAGCAGAAGACUAAAGGGCUGCGGGACCUGAGAGAUGCCAUGUCUGACCUCAGGAGCCAAAUGGAGGAUCACAGGAGGACAGAGCAAGUAGCAUUUGGAGCAUCACUGGGACCUCAUGGAAAUCAGGGUCCAUAUAACACUGAGAUUACCCUGGUUUACAAGGUCGUUUUUGCCAAUGCUGGGAAUGCCUACAACCCAGCAACAGGUAUCUUCACUGCACCAGUGAAAGGAGUCUACUACUUCAGCUUCUCUGGUCAUAAUGUCUCCAGCAAGCCCAUGGGUCUCAGACUAAUGAAGAACGGCCAUCAGAUGGUGACAGUGUACAAUCAUGCUGCAGGUAAUCGCUAUGAGACCGGAACCAAUGGGAUGAACCUGCAACUAGAGAAGGGAGACCACGUGUACAUGCGGCUUAGGGCAAACACCUGGAUUGUUGACAAUAUCAAUCACCACAGCACUUUCAUUGGCCAUUUGCUGUUUCCACUGUAAGAAUACGAUGGUUAUCUACCCUGUUGUACCCCGGUGUGUAUUGUUUUAAAUGGUCAUGUUAGCUUCUAAUUGUUUGAGAGCAAGAAAAUGAAAAUUACAAAUACCUUGAUACCACACACUGUAGAUGUGUCAAAGUCAGCCAAGGCAUUUUUUUUUCUUUUUGAUAUUUUGAUAUUGAAGGUGUCACUGCUUACUAAGUAACUUACAGAC